AUGGACGGGAACUGGCGCACUGGUGCACCCAUGGCUUCGCCGGCGCGUGGCCGCCAGCCGCGACGUGGUGGAGGCCGUGGCCGUGGUGGUGGCCACGGCUAUGGAGGGCGAACUGACACCUCCGGACAGGCGACGACAAGUGAGGGCCGCCGCUACGACCGCACGUCUUCUUCGACGCAGCAGACUCGAGACAAUGGAUUUUCACGGGAUGGCCGCGUUGACUCUGGACGCAGCCGUGGUGCACGCCGAUCUGACGAGGUACCGCAACAACCACCACGCGAUGGAGGGCGUGAUCGCCGAUAUGGCGGUGGACAAGGACGAGGCGGUGGACAAGGACGAGGCGGUGGAAAGCCGUCCGGUUGGUCACCCCAGAAAACGAAGAAGUUUGGGAUUGUGCCAUGGAUUCGCAUUCGUGGGCAGUGGCUGUGCCUGCUUCAAGUGAGCUUCUCGGCAGUGGAACUCAACUUCAAGUUUGAUCCCUUGCGCGGGGAGGCGCGCGGCAAGGAGACCUGGCAGCAGACGGCUGCCCGCGAGGUCCUGGAGGAGUCAUGCCACGUGUUUGACUUUGGGGACGUUGCCGCUGACCUGCCCAAGUCGACAUUUGUUGGUGGGCUGUAUCACGUGGAGAUCACCCCGGAGAGUGGCAAGAUCGAAGACGAAUGGACAAACAUGCUGGACGCCUACACGAAGAACCGCCGCAGCAUCGAGAACGCGCUGAAAGCCGGCAAGUCGUGGGCACGCAAGGAGUGCCUCGAGUGCGAAGCCAUUGGGUGGAUUGACCCCCAUCUCAACGACGACGCCCUCCCAUAUCGUCGCGCGGGGCAGGUGCUACGCAACGUGGCCAGGUUUCAUGAUCACGACGCGAUGCCAAAAGUUCGCAUGCAACGCCGCAACUUCAAGAAGCGUGGGACAACCACGUGGCGUGCUCUCGACUGCAAGCCUGCGCUGAGGGGCAACUGGGAUGUGCCUGAUACUUCGCGCGAACCCGUCACCGCCGUGCUCAGCGCCCACGACCACAUCGGCAAGACGAGGUACUGGCAUCAGCUUGGUCGCAAGGCCUUUUGCUACCCCGAGGAUUUCAGCACCGAGGAGCAGUUUUCCAAGAACCUGACCAAGGUGCUGCGGGUGCAGAAGGAGUUUGAUGCCGCCGAUGUGCGCACGUGGCUUCGCCAGUACUGCGAGGCAGGCGUUGCUGUGACCGACGCGGAGGUGCGCAAGCAGACCGACCCGCCUGCAUCGCUGCCACCAAACCCUGGAGCGCUGGAGGACUCGACGUCGUCGACAACACCGCCGUCGCCACCGGCACCGCACGUGCACGUGCCGCGUGGUGGUGCUGGCGAGAAGGACGAGGAGAGCAGCCUGGCAGACAGUGCCAUCGAGUCACAGCCUGAUCAAUUGGGAUUUGAAAAGCUACAAAUCAGUGACUAG